GCUAAGAUUGCUACAUGGGCUGCAAGGUUGUAGCUAGCUAGAUGCAAAAGUCUGUGGUUGAAGUUCAUAUAUACACAUCACGGGUGACAACCUCUCUGCAGCCAGGAACCCUUUGUAUAAUAGGUAGCUUCUGGGCACAGUGUGCUUGUCCACUCCAACAUAGGUAAUCAUCCCUUCAAGCGCAAGCUCCCCAUGGCCAAUCCAUACACCUUCCCAAGGCCUCACAUAGAACACCUCUGGUUCCAAAGAAGCUUGGUCUCUCCACCCCCUCCUGCAUUCACAAAGGAAGCACUCCCUCUUCUCAGCCUCCUACCUCCAAGCCAUGACUACAACCACUAUCACAACAACGAUCGGCUGCGGAAGAAGGAAAAGUGGGUUAUGGAGGAUGUGGAUAUCAAACUCCGAAUUGGGCCCCCGUCUCCAAACCGUGAUCUCCCCCUCAAUCUUGCUAAAAGUGCUACCGUCGCCGGUGCUGGCCAUAACAAGGUGGAAGAAUUCGAGGAGCUGGGAUCAGAAGGGGGUACUGCUGGUGAUGGGCGCUGCUUGGAGCACUUCGCCAUCGGGAAGCUUACCAAGGGAAACUAUUGGAUCCCUACCCCAGCUCAGAUCCUCUUCGGCCCCACGCUCUUCGCCUGCCCGGUGUGCCGCAAGACAUUCAGCAGAUACAACAACCUGCAGAUGCACAUGUGGGGGCACGGGUCGCAGUACCGGCGCGGCCCGGACUCCCUCCGCGGCGCGCAGCCGGCGGCGAUGCUCCGGCUGCCGUGCUUCUGCUGCGCGCCGGGUUGCCGGAACCACGUGGACCACCCGCGGGCGUGGCCGCUCAAGGACUUCCGGACCCUGCAGACCCACUACCGGCGAAGGCACUGCGCCCGGCCCUUCCUCUGCCGCCGCUGCGGCAAGGCCCUCGCCGUGCGCGGGGACUGGCGCACGCACGAGAAGAACUGCGGCCGCCGCUGGCGCUGCACCUGCGGCUCCGACUUCAAGCACAAGCGCUCGCUCAAGGACCAUGUCCGCGCGUUCGGGCGCGACCAUGUCGAGGAGCACCCACCGGCGGCGGCGUCGAUCGCCUGCAACCACGGUGUAGCGGGCGAGGACCCGGGUCCUGGUGACCAGAUGUAGCAGGGCUUGACAACAGCUGCUAGCUGCUGCUGCUGCACGCCUUUUUUUUCUUUCUAUUAGUUGACCCAGUGUUGUGGUCAAGUCUCAAGUGUGCAUCUGUGAAUUUGUGUAUUUAUAGUGAUGACCGUACUUUUAGUUACGAAUUAUGAAUUAAACUGCUAUAUAUAUCCUCGUUGAGGUCCACUUAUA